CAACUCACCAAUGACAGCAAAGCAGAUACUGGAAGUCAUUCAGAAAGAAGGAUUAAAAGAAACAAGAAAAACUGAGAAAAGAGUGUCAUUAUAGAAGCUGCCUAAGAGAUAUGAAUACAGACAUAGAUUGGUCUUUGGCCAUGUGAGAAAUACAUUCCUUGGAACCUCUCCAUUAGCCUGUCUGAAUGCAAUGCUUCACACUAACACUCGGAUAGGGGAUGGAUCGUUCUUCAAAAUCCCUGGCAAGGCUGGCCUGUAUGCUCUCAAAAAAGAAGAGUCAUGCCCAGCGGAUGGAGAGUUGGAUUUAGCUUGUGAAUCUGAACCAGAUGGCACAGAGAUGGCUGAGGCAAACGUCAGUGGAGAGGAGAACGGAGUUGGUACGAAGCAGGUAACUGAUGAAGCAUCUUCCACUCGAGAUUCGAGCCUUACUAACACAGCAGUGCAGAGCAAGUUAGUGUCUUCCUUCCAGCAGCACACCAAAAAGGCUCUGAAGCAGGCUUUGAGACAGCAGCAGAAAAGAAGAAAUGGAGUCUCAAUGAUGGUAAACAAGACUGUCCCUCGUGUCGUGCUGACACCCCUGAAGGUGUCUGAUGAGCAGUCGGAUUCGCCUUCAGGAUCUGAAUCUAAAAAUGGUGAAGCAGACAGUUCAGAUAAAGAAAUGAAACAUGGGCAAAAAUCUCCCACUGGAAAACAAACAAGUCAGCACUUAAAAAGAUUAAAAAAGUCUGGUUUAGGACACUUGAAAUGGACCAAAGCUGAGGACAUUGACAUAGAAACCCCAGGAUCUAUUCUUGUCAACACUAACUUGAGGGCAUUAAUAAAUAAACAUACGUUUGCUUCCUUACCUCAGCAUUUCCAGCAAUACCUCCUUCUUUUGCUCCCAGAAGUGGAUAGGCAGAUGGGAAGUGAUGGAAUUUUACGUCUCAGUACUUCAGCCCUAAAUAAUGAAUUCUUUGCAUAUGCAGCACAAGGGUGGAAACAGCGACUGGCAGAAGGAGAGUUUACCCCUGAAAUGCAGUUACGAAUAAGGCAAGAAAUUGAAAAGGAAAAGAAAACAGAACCUUGGAAAGAAAAAUUUUUUGAGAGGUUUUAUGGAGAAAAGUUGGGCAUAUCAAGAGAGGAAUCUGUGAAGCUCACUUCUGGACCAAACAAUGAUGGAGCUGAAGGUAGUUCCUCAGGUGGGACCUCUGGCCUUCUGGGUUCUUCAGCACAGGCCACCUUGGAAGAACAACAGCCCAAAAGCCUGAAAAAUCCAGCUUCUCCAGAGUCCAAUUACUGUGCUACACUCUGUCCUAUGGUAGAAGUUCCAGCUAAAGAUGUGAUGGUGGAAUCAGAAUCGGAGGAUAUUUUGAUCCCUGAGGAAUCUGUGAUUCAGGAAGAAGUUGCAGAAGAGGUAGAGACUAGUAUUUGUGAAUGCCAAAAUGAAAAUCAUAAGACUAUACCUGAAUUUUCUGAGGAAUCUGAAAGCUCACCCACCUCUCAUGAUGAGCCCCAAUUAGCACCUCCAGAAGGUAACUUGGAAUCCUGUGUUAUGAUGAAUGAUGUCUUAGAAACUUUGCCUCAUAUUGAAGUUAAGAUUGAAGAGAAAUCAGAAUCACCCCAGGAAGAAAUGUCAGUUGUCAUUGAUCACAUAGAAGUUUGUGACUCUCUUAUUCCUUCUACUUCAUCUGUGCCUCAUGUCAGUGAUUUAGAACAUAAGGAACCAGAAACUGCAGUAGAGAACAAUAUUUGCAAAAUAAAAACAGGGUCAUCUUCUCUAGAUGGCCAGUUCCCAAGUGAAGCAAUUGCUGUAGACAUGGAGCUCCAGAGUGACCCUGAUGAACAGCUUUCUGAAAAUGCAUGCAUCUCUGAAACCUCCUUCUCUUCUGAGAGCCCAGAGGGAGCCUGCACUAGCCUGCCCUCCCCAGGAGGAGAAGCCCAGUCUACGUCAGAAGAAUCAUGCACUCCAGCCUCCCUUGAAAUGACAUUUUGCUCUGAGGUCUCCAGCACUGAACAUACAGACAAAUAUAGUCAGAGAAAUGCCACUGACGAAAACCUUCAUGCAUCUUUGAUGUCAGAAAUAUCUCCAGUAUCCACCUCACCUGAAAUAUCAGAAGCAUCUCUUCUGUCCAACUUACCACUAACAUCUGAAGCAUCACCAGUAUCCAACUUACCUUUAACUUCAGAAACAUCACCGAUGUCUGAUUUACCUUUGACAUCAGAAACUUCUUCAGUGUCUUCCAUGCUUCUCACCUCUGAGACCACUUUUGUAUCCAGCUUGCCACUUCCUUCAGAGACAUCUCCAAUUUCUAAUUCUUCCAUGAGUGACAGAAUGGUGCAUCAACAAAGAAAAUCACCUUCUGGGUCUGAAGAAGCCCUCUCUCUACAGAAAGAUGAACCUUCUGUCCCUCCCAAAUCUCUGGGCGAGAACCUUAUCUCCCAGCAGAAACCUCUGCCCAAUGCUCCUGAAUCUAUCAAAAUGGGUUCUUGUGCUAUUGCUCCUGAAGCAUUUCCUUCUGAAGAACUGCAUGGUAAGACCGUGAGUCAGCAGCCUUGUAAAUCACAUAUUGAAAUUGAAAAGCCCUGUCCUCUGUCCAUUGGAGACCUUCCUGCUACAGAAGUGAUGAAAGCUAAAAAUCACAGUGUCCUGCCAAGAACUGAAAAGAAAGGGGUGUCUUCGCCUUUAGAAUUAUCUGUCUUUUCUGAAGAUUUAGAGACUAAGGGAAAUGAGCUUCCACCAACUAAAUUACAGGACAAACAGUAUGUCUCACCAGUAGAUAAGGCUGCAUUUUCAGAAGGUUUGAGAACUAAAACACAUAAGCAAGGGAACACACAGAAUCGAUUGGAGACUUCACAUACUUGCAAGUCAUCAGAACCCUCCAAAUCACCUGAUGGCUUAAGAAAUGAAAGUAGAGAAUCAGAAAUAUCAAAGAGGAAAACUGCAGAGCAGCAUAGCUUUGGCAUCUGUAAAGAAAAGAGAGCUAGGAUAGAGGAUGAUCAGUCUACACGGAAUACAUCAUCCAGUAGCCCACCAGAGAAAGAACAGCCUCCAAGAGAAGAACCCAAGGUCCCACCACUCAAGAUCCAGCUUUCCAAAAUUGGACCACCUUUUAUCAUCAAGAGUCAACCAGUCUCCAAACCAGAGUCUCGAGCAUCCAGUAGCAGCACAUCGGUCAGCGGGGGGAGAAACACAGGAGCCAGGACCCUCGCAGACAUCAAGGCUCGCGCCCAGCAAGCCCGUGCCCAGCGUGAGGCUGCUGCAGCCGCUGCUGUCGCUGCCGCGGCGAGCAUUGUCACUGGAGCCAUGGGGAGCCCGGGAGAGGGUGGGAAGGCGAGAACCCUGGCACACAUCAAGGAGCAGACCAAGGCUAAGCUCUUUGCAAAGCACCAAGCACGAGCCCACCUCUUCCAGACCUCUAAGGAGACGCGCUUACCUUCUCUCAGCUCCAAGGAAGGGCCUCCCAACUUGGAAGUCUCUUCUACCCCUGAAACAAAAAUAGAAGGUUCCACUGGUGUCAUUAUCGUCAAUCCAAACUGCAGAUCUCCUAGCAACAAGUCUGCACACCUCCGGGAGACCACCACUGCACUACAGCCGUCUCUUAACCCUGCCCAGCUUCCAGAAACUGCUACUGACUUACCUGUGCAUAGUUCUGAUGAAAACAUACCCGUGUCACAUUUAUCCGAGAAAAUUGUUUCAUCUACCUCUUCUGAAAGUAGCAGUGUGCCCAUGCUUUUUAAUAAAAAUUCUGUCCCUGUGUCUGUUUGCAGCACUGCUAUGUCGGCAGCAAUUAAAGAACAUCCCUUUGUGAGUUCUGUUGACAAAUCCUCUGUUCUAAUGUCUGUUGACAGUGCAAACACUACAAUUUCUGCUUGUAAUAUAAGCAUGUUAAAAACCAUCCAGGGAACUGACACUCCAUGCAUAGCCAUUAUACCAAAAUGUAUUGAAAGCACUCCUAUCCUGGCCACUACAGAGGGCGCCGGCAUGUCGAGCCCCAUGGAUGAUAAGCCGCUGCUAGUGCCAAGCAGCAGCGCUACUAACUUAGUCUCCAGUCACUACACCCCUGUGCCAACUCCCUCUAUUGGAAAUAACUUGCCAAACCAUCUCUCCACUAGCUCGGUCUUGAUUCCCCCAACGGGAGUUAGCAACAGAUUUCCUUCUGAGAAGAUAGCCAUGCCUGGGAGUGAAGAACAGGCCCCUGUCUCCGUGGGUACCACUGUGAGAGCAGCCCUCAGCUGCAGCGACUCAGCAGCAGUCACCGACUCUCUGAUUGCGCGCCCACCCAUCACAAUGUUUACUGGAAACACGCUAACUAUAAGCUCGUAUGAGAGUCCUCCCAAGUUAAGUGCUGAAAGCUUGGACAGAAAUUCAGGGCUUCGAAACAGGGCGGACAAUUCUGGGAAACUUCAGCAGGCACCAGGGGGCUUUGCACCAGCAGCCAUAAACAGAUCGAUUCCCUGUAAAGUCAUUGUUGACCACAGCACCACACUGACCUCCAGCUUGUCUCUGACUGUCUCCAUUGAAAGUACAGAAGCCAGCUUGGACCUCCAGAGCAGGUCUGUGAGGACAGAAGUAUCUAUCCAGCCCAUGACGUGUCCUCAGGUGUCUGUCAUUAGCAGGCCGGAGCCGGUGGCCACUGAAAGCCUAGAUCACAGUUCUAGUUUCAUUGUUCCCUCUGUAGCCAAACAAGACUGUAAAACCUUGCAGGCCCCCUGUGCCAGUCUCCGAGAAAUACCCCUUGUUCCAGAUAAAUUAAAUGAGGUGACUGCUUCUAGCCAUAGCUUUGCUGAGCAGUCAUGUAACCCAGCUACUUUCAAAAGUGAAGCAGACAUAGCCUGUAGCAAUCAGUAUAACCCAGGAAACCGGAUUUGCUGGAACGAUGAUGUUACAAGAAGCACAGGACAGACUCUGGUUAGUCAUUCAGGCUCAAGUAAACAGAAAGACUACCCAGAGCAGAGCUGCCCAAAGGCCAUCAAAACUGAGCACACCAGCUACUCCCAAGUGUCAGAACUUCACCCCAGAAAUCUCAUAGCCAGUGUCAGUCUUCCAGUAAAGUCUGAACCUCAUGAAGUAGAAAAGGGCUUUAGAAUGGAAACCGAAGAUUUCCCUGGCCCUGAUCUGCCACCCCCAGCUCCAGAAGUGGUCUCCAGUGUGCAACAAAUGCAGAACAUAAAAGCUUCCACCUCCAGUCCCAUGGAAGAGGCCAUUUCCUCCACUCCAGACACCUUGAAAAGAGUUGGGAGUGCAGGAAGCUCAAGCUGUCGCCUGUCAUCCGUGGAGGCUAACAACCCACUGGUGACUCAGUUAUUGCAGGGCAACUUGCCUUUGGAAAAAGUGUUGCCGCAGCCCAGGUUGGGAGCCAAGCUGGAAAUCAACAGGCUUCCUCUGCCCCUUCAAGCUACCUCAGUGGGUAAAACAGCACCAGAGAGGAACAUUGCCGAAAUGCCGUCCAGCUCUCCAAAUCCAGACGGCAAGGGGUACUUGGCAGGGACACUUGUGCCACCACAGAUGAGAAAACGAGAAAACCACCCCAAGAAGAGAGUAGCCAGGGCUGUGGGGGAGCACACUCAAAUUAAGUGUGAACCAGGGAAACUGUCUGUGGACCCGGAUGUGAAAGGGGUGCCAUGUGUCAUCAGUUCUGGCAUUAGCCAGUUAGGACACAGCCAGCCGUUUAAGCAAGAGUGGCUGAACAAGCACUCUAUGCAGAGCAGAAUCGUGCACAGCCCUGAGGUCAAACAGCAAAAGCGGCUGCUCCCUGCCUGCAGCUUCCAGCAGAGCUUGUUUCAUGUGGAUAAAAAUGGCGGCUUCCACACAGAUGCUGGUACCUCACACAGACAGCAGUUUUACCAAAUGCCCUUGGCUGCCAGGGGUCCCAUGCCCACUGCAGCGCUACUGCAGACACCUUCCAAGACCCCAGCGGGCUGUAAUGCAUUUGCCUUCAAUAGGCAUCUUGAACAGAAGGGACUGGGAGAGGGUAGUCUACCUUCAGCACCUCACCAGCUGAAGCUAGCCAACAUGUUGUCCCCUAACAUGCCCAUAAAAGAAGGUGACGAAGUGGGAGGCACUGUGCACACAAUGUCCAACAAAGCACUAGCACAUCCUCCACUGCCUCCACCACCGCCUCCCCCUCCUCCUCCACCCCCUCCACCCUUGGCCUUGCCCCCACCUCCCCCACCACCACCCCCUCCACUACCUCCACCUCUCCCUAAUGUGGAAGUCCCAUCCGAUCAAAAGCAACCACCAGUUUCCAUGGAAACCACCAAGAGACUUAGUUGGCCACAGUCCACGGGCAUAUGUAGCAAUAUAAAAUCGGAACCUCUUUCUUUUGAGGAAGGUUUAAGCAGCAGCUGUGAACUGGGCAUGAAACAAGUUUCCUAUGACCAGAAUGAAAUGAAAGAACAGUUAAAAGCAUUUGCGCUAAAAAAUGCAGAUUUCUCUUCCUAUCUGCUUUCUGAGCCACAGAAGCCGUUUACUCAAUUAGCUGCUCAGAAAAUGCAGGUGCAGCAGCAACAGCAGCUCUGUGGAAAUUACCCAACAAUACACUUUGGCAGCACAAGCUUCAAAAGAGCGGCGUCUGCGAUUGAAAAGUCCAUUGGGAUUUUGGGAAGUGGCUCCAGCCCCGCCACGGGCCUGCCAGGUCAGAAUGCUCAGAUGCCCGUUCAGAACUUUGCCGACGGCAGCAACGCGGACGAGUUGGAACUGCGAUGCUCUUGCAGGCUGAAAGCCAUGAUUGUGUGCAAAGGCUGCGGGGCCUUCUGCCAUGACGACUGCAUAGGCCCUUCCAAACUCUGUGUAGCUUGCCUGGUGGUGCGGUAA